AUGGCUGACUUCAUCCUUUUCGAGGGUCCUAUGGGCUACUCGCUCUUCAAAGUCGCCCACAAGGGAGAUACCGUGGGACAUAACCUGAAGGAGGUUCAGGAGGGUGUCAACGACCUGGCAAAGUUCGGAAAGAUGGUCCAGCUUUCCAGUUUCUUGCCUUUUGAGAACAACAAGCAGGCCCUGAGCGAGAUCAACGAUAUCUCAGAAGGUGUCGCUUCUGAGACGCUUAUUUCUUUCCUCGAAAUGAACCUGCCUAAACCGAGCAAGAAGAAGAACAUUGUGCUGGGACUCGCGGAUAGGAAUUUGGCUACCAGCAUCAAGUCCGCCUUUUCUUUCGUCGACUGCGAGACCGGUGACACCAGCGAGGUCGUUCAAGAUAUGCUCCGUGGAGUUAGGCUGCACGCCAGCAAGCUGCUGAAGCAACUGCGGGAGGGCGACAUGGACACUGCCCAGCUCGGUCUUGGUCACGCCUACUCGCGUGCUAAGGUCAAGUUCUCCGUUCAGCGCGACGACAACCACAUCAUCCAGGCCAUCGCUAUUCUUGACCAGCUCGACAAGGCCAUCAACACCUUCUCCAUGAGAGUGCGCGAGUGGUACUCCUGGCACUUCCCCGAACUCAUCAAGAUUGUGUCGGACAACCAGCGCUACGCACAGCUUGCCCUGUUCAUUAAGGACAAGAAGACUCUGACUGACGAGAGCCUGCAUGACAUCGCAGCCCUUGUUGAGGACGAUGAGGGUGUUGCUCAGAGCAUCAUCGAUGCUGCGAAGCGCAGUAUGGGCCAGGACAUCUCGGAAUCCGACAUGGAGAACGUCAUCUCUUUCGCGCAACGAGUCGUCAGCCUUUCCAAGUACCGCAAGUCUCUCCACUCCUACCUGGUUUCUAAGAUGAACGUGGUCGCUCCCAACCUUGCUGCUCUUAUCGGCGACAUUGUUGGCGCUCGCCUCAUCUCGCACGCUGGAAGCUUGACCAACCUCUCCAAGUACCCCGCGUCCACUGUCCAAAUCUUGGGUGCUGAGAAGGCCCUUUUCCGAGCACUGAAGACCAAGGGCAACACCCCCAAGUACGGUCUUCUGUACCACUCUUCCUUCAUCGGCAGGGCUGGUCCCAAGAACAAGGGCCGCAUCUCGCGUUUCUUGGCCAACAAGUGUUCCAUCGCUUCCCGAAUCGACAACUUCAGUGAAACCCCUACAACCAAGUACGGUGAUGCUCUCAAGAAGCAGGUUGAAGAGCGUCUUGAGUUCUACGCAACCGGUGCCGCCCCUACUAAGAACGAGGUUGCCAUGAAAAACGCCAUGGAUGCUGUCUUGGCCGGUAUGGACGUUGAUGGCGACGACAGCGACGCUGAGAUGAAGGAUGCUGAUGUCGAGAAGAAGGAGAAGAAGGAUAAGAAGAAGGACAAGAAGGAGAAGAAAGAAAAGGGCGAGAAGGAGGAGAAGAAGAAGAAGCGCAAGUCUGAAGGAGGCGAAUCGGAAAAGAAGAAGCGGAAGCACGACACUGAUGCAGAGCCAUCCAAGAAGAAGAAGAAGGUCUAA